ACUUUGCACAGCUCUUUGUUUCCGGUGGUUUUCUAGCAUGGCGAGUCACGGCAGAACUCACGGUUGGCCCAAACAGAGCGCCAAUUCAGCAUCGUAUGCAGCGAAAUAUGGCAUCACACAUCCAUCAACGACACUGGACAGACCCAUCGAUCUGUAUCCAUUGACAAAUUACACAUUUGGAACAAAGGAGCCCCUGUAUGAGAAAGACAGUUCAGUUCCAGCACGAUUUGCUAGGAUGAGGGAGGAUUUUGACAAGAUCGGGAUGCGGCGGUCCGUGGAAGGGGUCCUUAUUGUACACGAACAUGGGCUCCCUCACGUCCUUCUCCUCCAGCUUGGCACGACCUUUUUCAAAUUACCUGGAGGUGAACUGAAUGCACAAGAAGAUCAAGUGGAAGGCCUGAAACGUUUAUUGACAGAGACACUAGGAAGACAAGAUGGGGGUACAAUGGAGUGGGUCAUUGAGGAUACGAUAGGCAAUUGGUGGAGACCCAACUUUGAACCACCACAGUAUCCCUAUAUACCAGCACACAUCACAAAGCCAAAGGAACACAAGCGACUCUUUCUGGUUCAGUUACCAGAGAAAGCUCUAUUUGCUGUACCCAGAAAUUACAAAUUGGUGGCGGCUCCGUUAUUUGAAUUGUACGACAACUCGGCCGGAUACGGACCAAUCAUAUCCAGUUUACCACAGGCCCUAAGCAGGUUCAACUUCAUCUAUAACUAAGCAGGCAAGAUAUAAGUGGCUGGGAAAGUCCUUUUUGCUGACCAGUGUGGGAGAACAGACAGUGGCUGGGAAAGUACUUUUUGGUGACCAGUGUGGGAGAACAGACAGUGGCUGGGAAAGUACUUUUUGGUGACCAGUGUGGGAGAAUAGACAUUGACAGUUUGUGUAUAUAUCUUUACUAAACACCGUUGGAAUAUUAAAAUUCAUGACAUUGAAUACAAGGUCGAACUUUCAUUAUCAUGUGCCCUUCAACCGUUACAAAUUCAUCAGGAACGACAUUUUUCGCCAAUUUGCAGCAGUACAUUUAUUAGAAAUCAUUUCAUUCUUAGUCAUCCAUUUUGAAUAAAGGUUAUUGUGUCGUACAAUG